AUGGCACAGCUCCGGUAUCGAAUGCAAAUAUCGAUCUGGGCGGUUUUCUGGAAAGAUGCAGCGAAUUUGUGUGGCUGAGUCUUGCAUGUUGCCAAAGCGAUCUCUUGUUCUACGGCUUUCACGCACCACAAAUUUUUCGGAUGGUAUUGCGAGCUCUACCGUGUUUUGCAUCACAAAAAAAUUGGUCAAUCGCAUUUAUGCAUUACAGAUCCUGUUGCUCCUGUUAGUGUUAUCCUCCGAAUUUCGCAUGACAAAUCCAGACCCAGAUCGAUAUUUGCAGUGCAUACCCGGGCAAAGCACAGGUCGGUCCGGCUGGAAAAAUGGGAUGCCAACGUGGGCUCGCUCCAGUGCGGCUGUUCGCCGAAAGAGAAGCAUAAAGACUGGACGCAGAACUACCGCAGGAAAUUGUGCGAGAACGCGUGCCCAAAGUACAAAAGCACCGGCCCGUACGCGAUUAGCAAGGCGCCCCGCUGCCCUAAGGGGCUGAAGUGUGACAGGUGUCAUUUGUGCGGCAGGGAUGCGCACGCCUUGCAGGUGCAAGAAUCUUGGGAGCACUACGUGUAUGAAAUGCAAAAGCAUCGUACUAGUAUAAAUCGCAUGACAAAUUUCCUCCGCAUGAGAAAUGAAAUUUGUAAUGCGGAUUUACCUUAAGGAAAAGAUUUGUAAUGCAUAAACGCGAUUGCUACGAGUGCGAUACUUUUGCACAGGAUAACGUGCAAGAAUGCCGCGAGGACCCGCUGGAGGCAAUGGCUUCCCCCGGUCGUCUAUGCAUUGCAAAAAUGUCUGGGUCUGGAAACUUGUGAUGCGAUGUGGCGAAUCAUGAGGAUGCCACAAUUGACGGCUGAGCAUGACAAGUUUCUGCGUAGUUGCUAGGUGUUGUCUAAUCAGCAUGACCAACAACGUUUGUGCCUAACAGAAAGUUGAAGGCUUUGGGCAACGUGCAUGACAGACUUGAGAGUCAUGCCAGCCGAGCAAGACAAAAUUACAUUCUUCCAGACCCAGACAUAUUUGCAAUGCAUAUCAUCAGAUUCGUGGCAAUUCUUGUUCGCAGCAGCAGCCGCAGCAGCAGAAAAGUGGUCGUACAACUGCAGCUGCACCAGCCAUUUCUAGCCGGCGGCAGUCUGAACAAGCACCAGGGGCGACGUCUGAAGCUGCUGCGCGUGCCGGGGGACCAGCACGAGCUACUGCAUUCGACCACGGUGUGGAAGCACGCCAACGUCGACCCGAGCAGACGCGAGCAACCAGUACUACCGGUGCAGCUGCCAGAGGCGGCAAGGGCAUUAGUAGUAAAACCCGACUUGUUCCUCGCGGGGGCAAGUUUAAGGGGAAGAGGGAAGCCGCCCGCUCCUCGGUGGAUCAUGACGUUGGAGCAGCAGCACGGUGCCCCUGGGAGCCCGCAGCAGCACCAACCCCAGCGGGGGCUUCCCCGCCCGCUCCAGCCUUCACAGCUUUUAGCGGGGAAGACAUUGCAAAAUUCAUGUCCUCUCGAUAG